AUGAUCGCGACUACGCUUCUGCUAGCGGCAUCAGCUGCAGCCAUUGCUCUGCCACCACCAACCGUCGACUUCCAAGCUCUCCUCCAGACACAAGAUGCGCCACAACUACUCUUUCAGCAUACCUCUCAUCAGUCAUCGCAUGUGGCUGAUGACGACGAUGAAGAUCCUAUACCUGUGAUCAUAUGGCAUGGACUUGGAGAUGCGUCGAAUGCCGAUGGGUUGAGCGAGGUCGCUGAUCUGAUAGACCACGUUCAUCCAGGCACAUAUGUGCACAUCAUAUCUGCCAAUGGCAAUGCAGAUGAUCGUUCAGCCUCCUUCUUCGGCGAUCUUAAUACACAGAUCGAUCUUGUCUGCAAGACUCUAGCCUCGGACCCGAUCCUCUCCACUGCACCAGCUGUAGACGCGAUGGGUUUCUCCCAAGGAGGACAGUUCCUCCGUGGCUACAUUGAGCGCUGCAACGAGCCGAAAGUACGCAAUUUCGUCACUUUUGGUUCCCAACACAACGGCAUUACUCAGUUUGAAAGAUGCAAGAGUGCUACAGACUUCAUAUGCCAUGCCGCAAAUGCCCUUCUGAAGAGCAGCACUGUGUGGUCAGACUACGUGCAGACACACUUGAUCCCAGCUCAGUACUAUCGCGACAAGAACGAUUUCGACAACUACCUCGAACACAGCCAUUUCCUAGCUGAUAUCAACAACGAGCGGAAAACCAAGAAUAGCACAUAUAAAGAGAACUUGAGCAAGCUGGAGAACUUUGUGAUGAUCGUUUUCGAGGAUGAUCAGGCGGUAAUUCCCAAGGAGAGUGGUUGGUUUGCAAGCGUCAACGAGACCGAAUCGAACAGGACGGUGACGAAGUUACAAGAUCGACCAAUCUACAAGGAGGAUUGGAUUGGAUUGAGGCAGUUGGACGAAAAGGGAUCGCUGAAGUUCUUGGAAGUUCACGGCGAGCACAUGCAGCUGAACAACACCGAUCUGAAGAAACUGUUCAAGUCAUAUUUCGGGCCAGAAAGGUCGAAGAAGAGUCCAGUGGAGCCGACGGUGGACGAGAUUGUGGAUGUGCUUGGGGAGUGGUUUGUAGAGAAGUUGGAUUUGUGA